AUGAUUGGGUUCAGAUCGCAUGUUCAUGGCGACUGGAAGUUGCGAUGGGAGCUUGUGAUCCGUCUCUUAAUCUCCUGUUUCUUGGCCCUACAGUCCCAAUUGGCUCUGGUCGCUGUACCCCGUUAUCUCUCCUUCUUGCCUCUCCUCGCCAUGCUCCCCAUCUCAGGUUCUUCUUUUCUCCAUUUCUCUGGUAUUCGUUGUAUUCUCUCAUCUUUCAGAGAAGAUGACCGCUGGUAUGCUCUUUCUACCGUCUCUCUGCGGGCUGGCUCGGGCACGGCAGGUGUGGUCAUGAUGGCGACACUGGGUUUAGGCCGAUGCUGCCGGGGUCUCUUCGGCAUCUCCGCCUAUGCUCCGGCUUUGGUUCUCUUCCAUACACUCUUUCUUUGGGGAGCUUACAUUUCCGUGAUUCGAGAAGGUCUCUUUCCCUUCUGACAUCUUCAUGAUUUUCCCAGCGUUAUGUCGUGAUAAUUUUUCUUAUUUUAAUGAGAAAAAAACUUCCUCGUUUGGAGCAUGAGCUACCGCUAGACUUAUACAACCCUUCUAUUGACACUCAUUGGGUUUCUUUGGUCUUCAAGAGUGUGAUCAAGGAACUGAUUUUCCUUCUAUCGCCUGUAAAACCAGAGAGAGUUUAUAAAAAGUUGUUCUCUUCAAAAUUAUAAUGUUUAUUAGUUUUUUUUGCGGGGCGUAACACGACUAGUUUCUUCAAAAUGGCAAUUUUAUCGGAUUAUCUUUUCUCUGAUAUACCAUUACUAAUUCGGUUUUUCCCCCUCUUCUGCAGCCGUUCCAUCUUUACUUGAUGCAGCAAUGAAUGUUCAGUGUCCAUUGCUAAUGUUCGGUUUGUACAGGUGUGAUAUCUUGGCACAGCUUAUCUUGUUAUCCAUGAUAGAUAUUGAUAAACACGCGAGAUUUCCUUGCAGAAAAAUGACUAACUGUUGAAUGCGUUGAUGACCUUCCAGUUAAUUCUCUGUUUCUUUUGAGAUGGCUUGCGGAUGAUAAUUAACAUUUAGGAUUAUGUUUAUUAAAACAGAGUUAUGCUUUGUAAUUGUGUUCAUGGUAAUCUUAUUACUUGUUGUAUUCAAAGAUGAGACCCACUCUCAGAAUUCAUACAGAAAUAUUUCAGUUUAAGGAACCUGAUUCUUUUUCACGAAUGUAACGAGAAAAAUAUUGCACGAAACUGUGGGCAUUUCAUGAAUUGAAUCAGCUCUGGCUAGGGGAAACCAUUGCUGCCUAUCAUUGAAUCUAUUAAUUUCAAUAGUGUCCUUUCACAUUGCUCCCACUCUCAGUUUUCAGAGAAGUUGAAAUAUUUAGUAGGCAUGUGCUAUUCCCAGAGUGCCUACUCAUCGAAGUACUCGUUGUUUCACUACACUAUACUUCUAGGAAUGUUCUUCUCGUAAUUCCCCUUUUUAUUUAUUUACUUGUUUUUUCUCAAUGGUGGUGUCCGUUCAAUGGCUUUAUCUGGAAACAAAAUAACUUUAACGUUGUGCAUUUAACUAAAUGAAAUAAAAUUUAAAAAUGUGAUGUAUGUAUUCUGAUUUUUCUUCUACGUUUGCAUCUUAGCAGAAUUAUUUUUAGUGAUCCCGGAGUGGUUACAGAUGAUUAUUCGAACCCUGAAGUGCUUCCUCUAUGUUCCUAUUCUGAAUCCAAACUCCAGUCUAAGGUUUGCUGUGACAACUCCCUACUAUUGGUUAUUUAAAUCUUUUCAAUUAAAAACUGAGUACAUAGCGGUUUCUAUUCGUAACGCCAUUUGACAAUUUCUGCAGACACUUAUGGCACGUUUUUUUAUUGUUCUAAAGUGGUUUUCUUUAGAGUCUUUUUUUUUUCCUUUUAUUGCUGUUUUACCUGUUUCAAAAGGUUGCAUUUUCCAAACUUUCAUUGACCAGAAAGAAUAGGUGCAGGUUGCUGAAACUUGGAUAAAUCAUUUAUGCUCUCUUAAUGCAGGAAAAAAAUACGCAGUGCACUGAAAGUUGGACUCAUAUUUCACGAAGAUAUAUAAAGAAAAAGAAUUAAUCCUAUUGAUUUGUGAGAAAUCCCAGUCUCGGCAUCACAACAAUUAAGGCCAAAAUAACGGGGGAUCAAUUUUCCUAUUGUCGUAUAGAGAAUCAAAAGGGUUCAUAUAAUUUUCGUGUACAUUUGGGAGUUUAUAUAUGUAUUCUAAUUUUUCUAUUCCCUUUCAUAAUGUUUCUUCCCCGCAUAUUUUCUCCCCUAAUUUUUCCUCGUUUUCUGUCUUCUUUUCUAUUUUCUCCCUUUCUCUUCAAUUUUUCUUUCCAUUUUUUUACUCCCUAACGAUUUUUUCUUCAUAGUUUCCUUCCAUUAUCGUCCCAUUUUCCCAUAUGUUCUUGACUUAUUAUCUCAUGACCUUGUGGCUUAGUGGGACUUAGAUUAUCCUCUUUGGCAGGGUUCAUUUCCUCUCACGAGAGUAAGAUACUGUAGAAUCUGUAGCGCCAAUGUAUUAGGAUUCGACCACCACUGUCCUGCUUUUGGGAACUGCAUAGGUAAGCCUAUGGUGGUCUCUCCUGUGCAUUUAUCGACCCUAUCCAUGAUUUUCUGUUCAUAAUAUAGGUGUCAUUCUGAUCUUUUCUCAGGUCAGAAGAACCAUCGGCUAUUUAUGGCUCUUCUUGUUGGGUUUAUCAUCUCAGAGGCAUCUUAUGCAUUUUGUUCAAUGCAUUGUAAGGACUUGUCAUAGUUUUUUUUUAAAAAAAAUUAUCUACUCUUUCUUUAUUUAUCCUUCAGUUUGUGCUGUUUUUCAAUGUGAUAAAGACUCGUUUUUGAGCCACCUGUGACUCCUUCCCAAGAUCCAAUGAGAUUUCAGUUCUCAAUGUUAUGAAUGUCACAAGAACAUUGAUGGAAGGUAGGGAGUAGUAAACUGUCUAGUAGAGUUUAUGGGAUAUCAGAUUCACAAACCAAAUCGCAGUAACUGGAUACCAUAUUUAGAAUCACAUGUUUCUUUACAGUAACAGGUAGGGAACCAUGGGCAAUAUAAGUGGAGCAUGUGAAGCCCAAGGGCAUCCAUUGGUUCUGAGACCUCUUCAAGAUAGUGGGUCGUUUAUUUGGUAUUCAAUAUGGGACUAUUCUUAGCAAUGUUCAUCAUAUCUUAUUUUAUAACUUUUAUACUUGCUUAAUGAUGUGAUAGAUUCAUUCUCUAAAAGCUGGAUCCUCCAUGUUAUCAGGUCGUCUAACUCAAGUAAAUCACAUACUUCCUUGUUGGGUAGUAAAUACUAGGCUAUUCUCAACAAUGUCUAGAAAAAAAUUGACAUAGUUUUGGAAUUUUAUGUGUUUUGAGACACAUUCUAGAUUCGUUCCUGAAAAUUCGAAUGAUCCUCCCUAUUAUGUGCAUAAAUAAUAAUGAUCUAAGAUUCAAAAAAUAUUUUUGACCUUUUAAAAAAAAUUCAAAGUAUUUUUAUUUUUAUUUUCAAUUGCAGUUAUCUCCGAUUCCCAGAACAAGAUCAGACUGAAGGUACGUAUCCUUCCUCUCAAUACAUCCAUGCCUUAACAAUAUAUCACGACGUCAGAUCAGUACUGUCUGUAUCAGAUUGUGAUGCACCAGCAACAACUUGUAGAAACACCCAAAAAAUAUGAUUACCAUAAUUAUUGGUUUUGUUUGAUCUUUAUUUUUUUUGGCCGUUUAGUUUCUACGGCUCCUCAUUUUCUUGUUGCUUGGAAUCUGUGUUAACUGUGAAGUCAAAUGAACGCUGAUUCUCUUUCUCUCCAAGAAAGAUAUACCUCUGGGCGUGAAACGAUUCGAAAGAAUACAAAAUCGCAGCAAGAAGAAAGAAAGAAAAUCCUAUGAAAACACGGAUUUCUAUUUCUCAAUGAUAUCCUACGAUGGAGACAAUUGGUUGAAUCCCACGAAGCCCAUUUCAUGGAAGUUCAGAAAACAAUUAAUUCCAUUUUUUGUAAUAAUUGGGUCCCAGCAUUAGCACUGUUCUCUCAUCAAGCUUUCUUUUUCUCUCAGUGGAUUUUUUAUGCCACGAGCUGGAUCAUCUUCAGCGGUGGACGUAUUUCCUCAGUUUUUUCUGUUCUUCCCGCAGAGCAAUCUCCCCGGGGACUUGGUAGUCAGCACCUUGCUUUUCUCCCUCCUUCAGAUCUUUUGGCAGGUACCUCAACAUCAGAUGAUAUUUCCUUUCAACUGGGUUCCAAAAAUUGCAUUUUUUUUAUUUUUUUGGGUAACGCGCCUUCUGUUCUUCACCACUCGAAAGCUCAGAUUUUUUGUUAUUAUUAUUUUAAAAUUAUUCCUUUUCUGAAUCCCCUCUGGAACAUCUCUGAUGGGUUGGCCUGUAAUUUUUUGGGUAGGUGAUAUUCCUGACGUGGCAUAUCUACUGCAUCUGCUUCAACAUCAGAACCGACGAGUGGGUGAGUAAGAAUGGGUCUGCACUGUGAUUUUCCAGAAAGAUUAUGGAGUUCCAUCUGAUCUUAAUGAACAUGUUCAUUCAGAUCAACUGGAGAAAGUACCCAGAGUUCCACGUGGAUUCCCGGUGCCAACCAGGUGAUAUGCUCAUAUCUCCAUCGCUUCUCUCUCAUGAACUGCGAUCAGGAUUCGCUUCUGAGUUUUCCUGGUUCUUGGUAGGGCCACAAGCAUCGGACCUCGAGUACCGGAAUCCGUACGACAAUGGCGUCGUCUGCAACAUACAGGAAUUUCUGAGGCCGAAGGCCCCUACAAGCUCGAAUUGA